CCCCCCUACCUGUAGCCCCCCCCCCCCUACCGUGUCGAGGCCAGGUCCUGCAGCGUUGGACGUGGAGCGAAGUGAGUCGACUCGUCACGGGCUCACGAUUAUUUUUUGGCUUCUCCCCCUCGCCCCACCAAACGACCGCCAUGGAGACCCAAUCCCUCCAAACGUCCGCGCUGGACAUCCCUCAAUCCGGGCCCUCUCUGGACAACCGCUUCCGCGCCUACGGCCCCCACCAGGGCGUCUCCGUGCAGCGCUCCCCGCACGAGCAGACCGCCGGCGCUGGCGGUCAGACGAUGGAUGCUUUCAACAACUCGUCGCUGUCGUCCUCCUCCUCUUCCUCCUCGUCUUCCUCGUCGUCGCUGCCGGCACCGGGCACGCCUCUGGGACACAGGAUGGGGACCAACUGGUUCGCGACUAUCAACAUCCCAGACUAUUACCCUCCGCAGCCGCAGGAGUAUCACCACCACCAGCAGCAGCAGCAGCAGCAGCAGCAAGAGGGUCCUCCUCGGCAUCCGUCCACCUACGGGUCCACCGUGGCCACGUCGGCUGUCUCGCGGGCGACCGUUCACAAUAAUGGCGUGGCCACGGAUGAAACGCUGGCUCAUCAGCAGCAUCAGCAGCAUCUGCAUCAGCAGCAUCAGCAGCAGCAGCAUCAGCAGCAUCAGCAGCAACAUCAGCAGCGUCGGCAAAGGCAGCUCGCGCCGAGGUCCAUCGGCUACGCCGCGCCGUUCCCCUCCGGCCUGGGCGACGCCGGGUCUCCCGCCGACGACCUGGCCGUGGCCGGCACGUCGGCGAGCUUCUUGGCCUCCAGCGUGCCCUGCCAGCCGCCGCCGCCGCACCACCACCACCACCACGGCUGGCAGAACUUGCCGGUGCCCCCGCCGGCGGCCUCCCGCUACCAGGAGAGCGUCGUCGUCAUCGUCGACGACGACGACGACGACGACGACGACGAUAGCAGCGGCGACAUCGUGGUGAGCGUAUCCGACGACGAGUGCCACGGCGCGAUGAUGCAGCAGCAGCAGCAGCAGCAGCUGCUGAUGCAUCACCUGCUACAGCAGCAGCAGCAGCAGCAGCUGCCUCACCAACCGCACCACGGACAGCGGCCCGGUUACGAGUGGCACGGUGCUAUGGGCGAGGCCGGUUCCGACGGCAAGUGGGGGCUGCCGGCUUCGAGCGGCGGUGUCGAGUCUGCUGCUUCGCCAGACCCGUGGCCUGCUCCGUCGAUGAUGAUGCAGCAGCAGCAGCAGCAGCAGCAUUAUCAGCCACACCAUCAAUAUCACGCCGGUCAACACGGACUCGACGCAGACCAAACGUCUCCUCUUCAACCCACCCAGCGGUAUCAUUAUCCGCCGCAGCAGCAGCAGCAGCCACUGCAGCUGCAGCAGCAGCAGCAGGAGGAGCAGCAGGAGCAGCAGUUAAAUUUUCAGCAGCACCAACAGCACCAGCAGCAGCUGUACCAGGAGCUGCGCCGGCAGCAGGAGCAGCACGAACUGCUCAAGCGCAGGCAGCAGCAGGAGCUGCAGCGGCAGCUGGAGGAUGUGGUGGUGGUGGUGGUGUCCUCGCCCGAGAGUGACGGAGCGGGCUCCUCGUGCGAGCCCAGCACCACCACGAGCUGGCGUGGGCGCUGCGACUCGAGCGGUGGAGAGGACAACUUGAUGAGCAUCGAUGAACUGGCUCGAUUCGCCAAGGAGCUCAAGGUGAAGCGCGUCAACCUGGGCUUCACGCAGGCCGAGAUGGGCCUCUCCAUCGGCUCGCUGUGCGGCCGAGUGUUUAGCCAGACGACGAUCUGCCGCUUCGAGGCGUUGCAGCUGAGCCAGAGGAACCUGUGCAAGCUGCAGCCGCUCUUCAAGCUCGUCGGCAGCAGCGGCGGCGUCGGUGGCGUCGGUGGCGUCGGUGUCAGCGGCGGCGUCGACGCCAAGGAGGGCAAGACGCCCCGCGAGGUGGGGUACCGCAUGCGUAAGAAGCGCACCUACUUUGCCAGCUACACGCGCAUGCAGUUGGAAGCCUACUACAACGUCUGCUCCAAGCCCAACAUGUCGGCCAUCGCGAGCAUCGCCCAACAGCUCAAACUUGAGAACAGUGAUGGCGAUGGACCCCUCCGUGUCGAGCUGCGUAGUUCUGCAGCUGCGGUCCCGGAGCCAUUGUUAAUGGAGAAAUGCAGGAAGGCCUCCACGUCUCUCGCCGACAACAACGUGCCACAGUUUCACGCCAAUGGGCAAAAUGGGCCUGGAGCUGCCGCGCCCGUCGCCGUUGCCCGUGACAACAUCGACACCGACGGCAGCACCGGCGGCGUUGAAACCGUGGGGGCGGCGGCGGCGAUGGCCUACGACGGAGCCUUUGCGGCGUGCCACGCCGAGGGCGGCGUGUGCAAGAUGGAGACGUCCGCCUCGUCUUGCCUGCGCAGCGCCGGCGCUCCUCGCGGUGCCGACGCCCACGGGUUCAGCGGCUACGGCGGUGGCGGCGACGACGGUGGGAGGGACGGGAACGGUGACGGCAGUGACCUCUUUCCGACCGCGGUUCACACUUGCCUGCGCUCCUUCGCCGGUUCCGGCCUCAAUGACACUUAGGCUGACCAUGGGCAGAGUCUAGCUGAAGUUUGUCUUGGUUACUCUUAGACCUGGCUG